AUGGAAAUCUCCGCGUGCCCACGCGUCCACGCGAGCUGGCUUCAGCCAGGUCCAUGCAGAGCCCGCCAAAGAGCCUUCCCCAAGCCGAAGCCUGGCUUCGUGACGCUUGGCUGCGCACUGGCCGCCGUGCAUCAACGCCGGCAACGUGCUGCUCGAGCGAGUGCAGGCUAUGGGGCCGGCGAGGUGUUCAGCGCGCCUGCGCUGACAGAGGACGGCGAAGCCUUGGUAGUUUGGCUGCAUGGUCUUGGAGAUACCGGACAAGGCUGGUCGACCACGGCGCCCGCCUUGCAGCAGAUGGGUUUGCCAAUGCUGCACUUUCUGUUCCCUACUGCGCCUACCAGAGGCGUGGGCAGCAAGGGAAUGAAGCCAUCCUGGUACGAUGUUCCCACACUGGAUCCUGACCAGAUUGCGAGGCAACCUCCACCGGAGGGUUUGCUGGACGGGGUGGACUACGUGUUGGACCUCAUCGAGCCCCACGUGAGACGCGGCAUUCCUCCCCAGCGAGUCUUCUUAGCCGGAUAUUCGCAAGGCGGGGGCUUAGCGCUGGCAGCUGCCCUGCGAGCUCCGCGGAAGUUGGGCGGGGUUCUGAUGCUGAGCUCAUGGGUAGCAGAGCCUCUGCCAAGCGAGUUCAAGGAGGUGCCGGUGCACAUCUUCCACGGAGCCGAAGACCCUGUAGUGCCACUCCGCACGGCCGAGCUGUGUCGCGGCCAGCUGGAGACUGCCGGCCUGAGGCCACGCGGCCACGCGGCUUCGAACGCCCUGGGAACGUGGGCUGGCAUGUCGUGCAUCCAAUGGGCCACCGCGAAAUUUGCAGGAGCAUGUAUGAUCCGUCCCGGCCACCGCAUCUUCCUGCGAUCUUUGCCGGCGGCGCUGGCAGAGAACCCGUCAGCCCUGCGGAGCAUCUGUACACAUUUUGGAGAAGUGGAAGACGUGUGGGUGCGGGUGGUGAAUCGCACGGCCACAGUGCACGAAAGCUGGGGCUUUGUGCGCUUCUCGACUGCAGAAGGGGCGCAUCUGGCAGCUGCAGGCGACUGGCAGCAGCUGCUGGUGUCGGCAGGCUUCCCCGGCUCGGUGGAGGUGCUUCCCGCUGAGGCGGAGCUUGAGGUCUCGGAAAGCUUGGUGGCGCAGGCACUGGAUGCUGACGCCAAAGGCGCCGCCCAUUUCGAUUUCGAGUCCUUCCGGGAGCACUUCUCCCAGCAGCUGGGCCGUCCGGUGCUGCGUCGCGACGCGGAGCUGAUUUUCCAGGUGCUGCGGAAGCAGAGGCCGGACAUAUCGGUGAAAGCACAGCUGAGUUCUGCCAAAGAUGCAGAGUCAGGAAGUGGCAGUGGCAUUUUGAUAAUCACCGCCUAUUCUACAAAUUAUGCACCUGGCAACAUUUGUGCAGCUGCAAACCAUGAGUAUGCAGCGAAGCACGGCUAUGAUUUCCUGUGCGAUGCGCUUCCUGGGCGCGACAUGCUGGAGGCGGUUGCCCCUCGGGACGCUCACACCUGGUACAAGGUGCUGAUGCUGCGACGCGUGAUGGCUGAAGGUCAACAUAGCCACGUGCUUUGGGUGGAUGCUGAUGCGGUGGUGAUCGACCAAGCAAAGACGCUGGAUUCCUUCAUCCAAGAGGCCGAGGGCCGGGACCUCAUUAUCCAGGAGGAUUUGUCCGCGGAGUGCCGCGUGAACUGUGGAGUGAUGAUACUGCGCAGGUCCAAGUGGAGCUCCUGUUUGCUGCGGCUGCUCUGGGAAGGGAACCUUUCCAGGCGGCACCACUGCAAGCCUUACUACGAGCAAUCGGCCCUAGUUCGCCUGCUGAUCGAGGCAGGUGAGCUGGAAUCCAGGCCCCAGCAGCGCCUGCAGCGCCCGGCCUUGUCGCCGAAGGUUUGCAUCUUACCGCAGCGGCGGCUUCAAACCAACCGCCUGCGCGAGGUUCAACUUGAUGGUCCAGAAAGAUCCUUCAUUUUCCACCCUCUCUUUGCUUCAGAGCACUUCGCCGAAGACAAGGCCAGCAAGUUUCAAGACUGCACAGUCAUGGGUGUGUUGCUAGCGAAUGUGUAUGCGGUGGCCCCUGAAUGUUAG